AUGCCGGCCUCCCUCGACUCCGCCGACCCCUCCCACGGCUACGGCCACCACCACCGCCGACCCAACCCAGCCCCCCGGUCUCCCGGAACCCCGCGCGGGGAGGGGAUGGUCCCACGGGACUCACGCGAUCGCAAUCGGGACCGAGACCGAAAUCAAGAUCGAGAUCGGGAUCGGGAUCGGGAUCGGCAGCACCACCGGCCCCGGCCCCGGCCACGACCCCGCUCCCCCUCCCCCGCCGCCUCCACCUCGGCCACAUCCGCCUGCUCCUGCUCAACAACAACAACCACCACCGCGAGCGGCCCCACAGCCACCAACACCCACAGCAGAACCGCCCACGGCAGUAGCAACAGCACCACCACCACCAACAACCGCAAAGCCCUCAUCCCCUACCCCCAUCAACCACAACAACAGCGGCGCCGGCGCCGGCGACACGGCUCGUCCUUCUCAGCCUCUGACUCCGACUCCGAAUCCGACGACGGCGCCCCUGAGGAGUACACAGUCUACCCGGACGGGCGGAUCCACGAGCACCGGCGUCGGAAGGGGGUAGGGCAAGGCAAGGAAAAGGGGUAUCGUCGGGGUGAUGGUGGGGGUGGUUAUGAUGAUGAGGAGGGGUAUGAUGAGUAUGGCGGUGGGAGGAGGAGGUUGAGGCGGUCGCGGUCGCGGUCGAGGGAGGAGGCGAAGGGGUUUUUGAUUGCGGCGGUGGUGCUUGUGGCGGGGAUUGUGUUGUGCUGUGAUUGA